GUUGUCGCCUAACAUUUCGAAUUUUCAAAUCUGUCGCUGCCACCCGUUUGCAGCGCUGCUUACGUUACGCCUUUGUUUUCACCCGUGUUUGUGCGUUUAUGUGCUUUGUUUUCAGGCAACGCAACGAAGGAGAGAAGUGUAAACAGCCUUAUGCAGCGAAAAUUACCACCACCGUGUAUACCAAUGCAUAUAUUGCGUGGAGUUUUUGUAUUUAUAAUUUUGGGUUGUCUCUUCUUGCUGGCAAUCGUACAAAUAAUUUUACGUCGAGCGAUGGCAAAAUAGAAAUUCGAAGUUAAAACCAAACGUCAGUACGUCGAGAGCGUUCAGCGAGUACAAGUCAUUCGUUUACAAUUCACUAGUGAACAAACAACAUAAAGUUUGCUAUUAAAUUACGAACGUACUCGAGUUGAAAAUAUUUCAAGUUGUAUUGAAAAUAUACAAGUGAAUAUAUAGAAUUGUGUUUUUCAAUAUUAUUUGCAAGAAUAUUUGCUGGAAAAUCGCGUAAAAGUGCCUUGAAAACUUGUGUACACACAGCAGUAAAGCACAAAAGCAACGAGUAAACUUUUUGACAUUUCGUGUUGUUGCUUAAUGAGAGCAGCGCAAGCAAAGAAGAGCGUAAAGCGCUACAGUGGAACUAAAAUUGUGUGCUUACAUUUGGAACGACCUGCAAGUGGGGGCGAUUUAUUGGGAAAAUAUUAAAAGAGCAAUAUUAUCUUAAAAAGCCUUUUGAAGUGAAAAUAAAUUUGUAGAAAAUCAAUAAGUGUUUCAUAAACAAUUUGCAGCAAACUCAAGUGACAAAGCUCAUAGCAGUGGGUGCAGGUUAGGUGGAGCCAUCCUAUACAACGAAACUGUACCCCAAAGUAUCGCACCACUUGAGGUGAGCAUUGCGUAGUGUGGAAGAAUCAGCGUAUAAAAAACAAAAGUGGGGAAAUCAACAAGUUUUGGCGCGAAAACUUUUGACAAGUACCACAAGUAUUUUGGCAUUGGAGACUGAAAAAUAGCAACAACACAACGUGAUUCAGGGAAUUGAAGAAAAACACACAGUGGAAUAAAACAACCUCCGUCAUUAUUGGCCAAGUGUGUAGGAAUUAUUCAAUUUUAUUUUGUGUAGCUUUGCAUAAUUAAACAAAAUAAGAAAAAAGUCGAAAAAAACAAACGCUGAUUUCAAGGUUACGUGUUGUUGCAAGCUUAUUGUUGGCAUAAUAAAUAAGCAACUCCAAGUCAAAAAAAAAAAACUUUAAAAACAAAGCAAUUGAAUUGCAAUAAGCAAAGGAAGUAAUUGCUAAAAGACUAACGCGUAGUGCAAUAAUUAAUAUUUCAACGACAGUUUUUCUACAAUUGUUUGUUAAGCAAUAUUUAACAAGUAUUAACAGUGAUGACUGCUGCACGUGUAAUAAAUCCAGUAAUUUUAACUGAAUUCUGUAAGCUGCGCGCUAGUCCGAGUGCAAUGGGACGCAAUAUGACCUGCAAUCGUCAGUUGAACCGCAUUAAGCGUGAUCUCUUUGGACCAGCCAACCCGGUGGAAACACAAAAAACAUUCGCCGAGGAAUUAGAUAAACAUCAAGACCGUGCUAUAAAGAAAUGGGGUUUUGACUUCCGCAACGGGUCGCCACUCAGCACAAAUACACAAUUCGUUUGGGAGCGUAUUUCCCAUCAGGAAUCCAAUCGUGCACCCGAAGUCUAUACACUAACGCGUGCUGCGCAUGUACGUCCCGUACCCGUGGUGCCGUCCAACACUGAUUUACUGAUGGACGAGCGUGCAGAACGUGAAAAUUACAUGAUAAACACAUCAACAUCGACCGACACAGAUUCCUGUGGCGAUUAUGACUCACAGGAUGAGUCGUUGGUGUUCAAAGUGCCCGAUACAGACAAUUGCAGCAGCAAAAAGCGUGCGCAUGAUGACAGCGCUGCUGGCAGAUCGCCACUGCGUAAGCGCCAACCGAAAAUUACAGAAUACAUGAAGGAGCGCAAACGCCUCGCCCAAACACCGAAAAAGGUCUCACCCGCUAAGCGUUCGCGCACCAGCUCCGGCAGCAGCAGCCACAGUACGCAUGCGUACAGCAUUAGCGCGCAUUUUUCACUGCAGCGAAGUUUACAGCGCAAUAAUUAAUGCGUGUCUUCAAGAUUUUCCAAAUCUUAAAUCUAUAUAUAAUUAGUAUAUAAUUAACUAUAUACAAAUCAUAAAUAUAUAUAUAUAUAAAUAAUUAGUUGUAGCUAACUAUACAAAUAUAUAUAAAUAGUCAUAAUUACUCAUAAAUGCAUUAAUAUAGAUAUACAUACAUUUCAUAUUGUAUAUUGAAUUGCGAACAUUUGUAAACUAGUUUCACCCAUUAGUUGUGUAAGUUAUUUUUUAAUUUAAGUUUUUUUUUUCAAUUUAAUUUUUUUGUUUUUUUUUUUCAAAUUUAAAAUUUGUUUAAAUUUUCUAAAUUUAAAAUUGUUAUAACAAUACUAAAUCACGCCAUAAACAUAGUUGAUACAUUGUUAAGUUAGCGCACAUCAAAUUCAAGCUGUCAAAAUGUACGGUUAUGUUCGAAGCUACAAGGUUGUAAAUUGUUUUUUUGACAUUUUGCCACAACUUCAACAUAACUGUGCUAUUUUUUCGAGCACUCGUAUCACUAACUAUUUGAAAUUUGAAAAUUUUUCUAAAUUUUUCUAAAUAUUUAAGCAAUUAAACGCAAAUUUAAUUGAAAUAACUGUAUAAAUAGACAGCUAAGUUUUGUAAGACGCACAAAGCAAUAGAAACUCAAUUUGAAAACGAAAAUAUUCACAAAAUUUAUUUUGUAAGUUGUACUAAAGUGGCAACACCUUUUUUAUACAAACAUAUUGUACAAUCUCAGAACAAAAACAAACAAAUUUACAAACAAAAAUCUAAACUACAAACAAAAUAUUGAACAAAUUAACAUUUACACUUACGCCAAAAUUUAAAAUUUAACUAAUAAGCUCUAGACCAUAUAAGCACCACAUCAUGAAUUGUAAAUAAUUUAAGUUUAAAAAUCUGGCAUUACACUUUUUAAAAUGUCAAAUUUCAACGCUCGUAUACAAAGUAUUCGAAGCAAAGCAAUAUUUGACAUUUUAAAAACCGUAAUGCAAGCUGUCAAAUACCAUUUAACGGUUGUAAAUCGCGCUCAGGCAUUGUCUGUGUGUGCAGAACAACAACGCUGAAUUUACCGCUUUUUUGUUUUUUUAUUGUAAAUACGAAAAAAGCGCCAACUUUUGCGUUGAAUGUGUUGAAAAAUUUCAAAAAAUUUUUCGAAAUGACGGUAAAAUGUAUUUUCGAAAGUUUGAAAAAUAUCGAAUUAACGGUAAAAUGUAAUUUGAAAGUUUUGAAAAUUCCAAAAAAAUUUCGGAAUAACGGUAAAAUAUUUCUUAUAAGCUUUGAAAGCUCCAAAAAAUUCGAAAUAACGGUAAAAUCUAGCUUGAAAGCUUUGCAAGUUUAAAAAAAAAUUUCAAAACUACGCUUUCAAAUUCCAAAACCAAACAAACAUAUACAAACAUUGCCUGACACGUGAUUUUCAAAAACUUUAAACAUUUACUUUUUCAAAAUCAUC